CGGCGACUUGCGGCUACCACAGGGCGUCAGUGUGCUACAUGUGGAACAGGAAGUCAUCGGAGACAACACACCAGCCAUUGAAAGCGUCCUUGAAGCUGACACUGAGAGGGCGGCCCUACUAGCUGAACUAGCCAGCUUAAAGAAUGCGACUGAUGAGGACGCUGGCGAACGCCUUGGUGAUAUCUUCCACCGAAUGGUGGAGAUAGAUGCGGACAGUGCACCAGCACGGGCUGCGGCCAUUCUCUACGGUCUGGGCUUUGAUACUGAGAUGCAGAAAAGGCCCACCAAGGAGUUUUCUGGUGGUUGGCGAAUGCGUCUCGCAUUGGCGCGAGCACUGUUUGCCACGCCAGAUCUCUUGCUUUUGGACGAACCGACUAACAUGUUGGACAUGCGAGCGCUCAUCUGGCUGGAGGAUUACGUCCAAACAUGGUCUACCAUUAUGAUCAUCGUAUCCCACGACCAAGCCUUCCUCAAUUGCGUAGCCACAGACAUCAUUCAUCUGACGGCCAAGCGGCUGGAUGCUUAUCGCGGCAAUUAUGAACUGUUUGUGAAGGCCCGCGAGGAACAUCUGCUGAACGAGGAGAGGGAGUAUCAAGCACAGAAAGCCGAGCGCGAACACAUCCAACAAUUUAUCGACACGUUCCGCUACAACGCUAAGCGUGCCUCCCUGGUGCAAAGUCGUAUAAAGGCCCUGGAGCGUCUACCCAAACUGAUAGAACCCGAGAAGGUGACCAAGGUAGUUUUUCGUCUGCCAGAAUGUGACAAGAUCCAUCAACCCUUGGUCCAACUCGACGAGGUUUAUUUUCACUACAUUCCAGAAAAGCCAAUUCUCGAAAACAUUGAUCUCACCGUGCGACAUAGCUCACGCAUUUGUGUGGUAAGUAGCACCAGUCAAAAGACAGAGUGCUUGGGUUUGCUGGUGGUCACUUUGUCUCCCAAUGCCGAAUUGUAUGUGGGCGAAAACGGUGCAGGAAAGUCUACCCUUCUCAAACUAAUACUUGGUGAUUUGGAGCCAACCAAGGGCCUCCGAAAGGCGCACCGACAGCUCCGGAUAGGUUAUUUCUCUCAGCACCACGUGGACCAGCUGGACUUGAAUGUUUCCAGCCUGGAAUUUCUCAUGAAAAAAUUUCCUGGUUAG